UUUUUUUCUUUGGAUUGUCGUACUCGACAGGCUAAGACCAUUGGUUGGUCCAUCUCGCCGAACGUGAGCUUUGUAAUGUUUGUUUGAAAUAGUGAUUUUACAGUGGAAAUCCUUUGUAAUUAUUCCUUAUAUUUGUCGCAUUUGUUCCCUAAUUUGUUCCUUCGGGUUUACGCAACAAUGUUCCUCCGUCGCAUAGCUUCGGCACUGAUACGGCCCUCGUCAUGCCCCAAGGUGUCCCUCUCGACGGCCACUUCACCACAGCAAACCCAGCGGGAUGAUUUCCGCACCGGAGAAACUAAUCCGGCACUGCACAGCAAAAGCCACCUUUCGCGGUUCUACACAAUUCCGGCCGACGUCCGGAAGCAAGUGUUUUCCUACGGAGGAUUCCCGAAGACGUUCGAGAAGCAGAUCAAAACCUUCAACGAGAGUUGUUUGAUGGUGCGGGAACCGGCUGUGGAGUUGAUCAAUUACAUGAACGGAGCGGAUUACAGUAAACCCGCCAAUCGGUUCGUUCUGUACGGGAAGGAUGGCGUUGGGAAGUCGAUCGUAUUGGCCCACCUUCUGCAUUACGGAUACAACCAGGAAUUUGUGCUGGUCCACGUUCCAUGGGUGCCCAACUGGAUGAAGCGAGCGAAGGAAACGGCCAACUCGACCACCCACGAGGGCUGUCUGGAUUUGCCAUUGGACGGAGCUGCUUGGCUGAUUCACUUCAAGAACCAGAACUCGAAGCUGUUGGCCAAGUUGGAUCUGAAGGUAAGUCGGGAUUACGUGUGGACCAAGCGGGAAACGACUCCGGCCGGGGCACCAAUGCUGGAACUGAUCGACCACGGAAUAAAUAGGGCGAAGUUUUCGUGCGACGCGAUUGCGGCCCUCCUGGGGGAACUCAAGCAGCAAUCUACCCAGGGUAAGCUUAAAACGAUGGUCAUCAUCGAUGGGUUCAAUGCGUUCUUCCAUCCGCAAACGAGAAUUACCACCGAGAACAAGGUACGGGUGACGCCCGACAAAGUGACCCUGACCAAGCCAUUCCUGGACAUUACGCGCCCCGAUUGGUCCAAUGGCGUUUGCAUUUUGGCCGUGGACCGGAUGGCACUGACCGAAGACCGCAUGGAGUCGGAACUGCCGAUGUACCAGCUAAGGAGGGAGGGUUUCGAGCAUUUGGACCCGUUUGUGCCGAUUCGGGUGGACAACUACUCGGAGGAGGAGUACUACAGCUGCGUGCAGUACUAUCUGAACCGGAAGUGGAUCCAGACGACGGAGCAGGGAUUCGAUAAGGAGCUGGAGUUUUUGAGCGGGCGAAAUCCGUUCAAGCUGAUGGAACUGUGCGCGAGUUUGUAGAUUGUUUGGAAAGGUGGUCUCGGUGAAUAAAGUUUAGGAAUGAGGAAA